AGCCCCCUUUCCUCCCUCCCUCCUUGCGGACGCGCGUCGACUCCCCAUUCGUUCCCUCACUACCACGCGCUCCUCCACUUCGAUCCUUUAUUACCGGCCACCCCCCCUGCCGCCAUUUCGCACCACCACUACUAAGUUCGCAGCUCCAACGCCGCCGGACGCCGAGAUUGGAAACGAUCGACAUCCCUUCAUACACGUGUCAUCAUCGCAGCGCCGAUAUGAUGAGGACGGAGCGCGCUGCUGGGAGCGCCGCAGCCGGCGAGCGGCGGUACAGGGGGGUGCGGAAGCGGAAGUGGGGCCGGUGGGUGUCGGAGAUCCGGCUUCCCAACAGCCGGGAGAGGAUCUGGCUGGGGUCUUACGACUCGCCGGACAAGGCGGCGCGGGCUUUUGACGCUGCUGUCGUCUGCCUCCGCGGCCGCCGGGGCCGCCUCAACUUCCCCGACUCGCCGCCACGGAUCGCCGGCGGCCAGUCGCUCGGCCCCCGCCAGAUCCAGGGCCUCGCCGCCCGCCACGCCCACAAAGCCGACUCUGAUGCCGCCGCCAACGCCGCAGACGCACCGGGGCCGAGGAUGUCGCCGUCGGAGACGGCGGACGCUCUCACGGCGGAGAGCGAGGGCGUGGUCGACUGGUCGUUCAUGGACAUGCUGUCGUCGCCGGAUGGAGUCGGGAUGGAUUUCCCGCCAGCAGUGGCGGAGGCGGCAAUGGAUGACUUCUCUUACGAUUUCUUCCCGCCGGCGACGGCCCCGCCGGAUGUGGCGGAGGACAAUGGGGGAGUAGGUUUCGGCGCGAAUUCGUUUUUGUGGAGCUUCUGAGAGAUUCUCUUACGAUCUCUUAUUCGUUUAUUUAUUCGUUUAAAAUAAUUCUUUAUUCCUUCGCACCGGGGGGGUUAA